UGAGGGGUUGGCGCAUUUUGCCACAGAGAGGGUUCGACCGGUUCGUAUGUUUCGUAUCUUCUUGAAUUCAAAAAGUUUUAUUCUUAAAGAGAUUGAUAACUGAUAUGAUAAAAGGCGGUACUCGCGUCAUCGUAGUGUUUGUUGAAUAGAAAAUGCCCGGUACGAAAUACAAGCAGCUGUGCACUAAGAGCGAUGUUGAUGAAGACGUGUUUACUAGCAAACCCAAGUCGAAAUGGGGCGAUGUGUGUCUGCAAAAAGGGCUCUUAUCCCUGGGCCUCAUCUUGCUUUAUUUUUCUUUAUCAAUCGGCCUUACUUUCUACCAACGCUGGCUGCUAAGGGACUUCAAAUACCCAUUGACGGUGGUGAUGUACCACUUGGUUGUGAAGUGGUUGCUGUCUGUGCUAGUGCGUUUCGUGCUAUACUGCAUCACGAAGACCCCCCAGCUGGUGUUGCCUCUCGGGACUUGCAUCCGGUCCGUGGCGCCGACCGGCCUGUCCAGCGGCAUCGACGUGGGCUUCUCGAAUUGGGGCCUGGAGCUCGUCACCAUAUCGCUGUACACAAUGACGAAAUCGACAACGAUCAUUUUCAUUCUCGGCUUCGCGAUAAUUCUCGGUUUGGAAAAGAAGUCUUGGUCUCUCGUGGGCAUCGUCCUCAUGAUCGCGGCGGGCCUUAUCAUGUUUACUUACAAAGCGACCCAGUUCAACAUCGAAGGAUUCAGUUUCCUACUCCUAGCGUCUUUUGCGGCGGGUCUACGUUGGACCUUCGCUCAACUCCUCAUGCAGAAGGCGAAGCUGGGACUCCAUAACCCAGUAGAUAUGGUGUUUCACGUGCAGCCCUGGAUGUUUUUAGCCCUGAUACCAUUUACGGCAAUUUUUGAAGGACUGGAUUGCAUCAUGUUCCUACUAGGUCUCCCCGACGAGUUGUUACUCCCAACUGUCUUGAAGGUGACCGUUGGAGCGACGAUCGCAUUCGCUAUGGAGAUCAGCGAGUUCCUGGUCGUAACCUACACUUCGAGCCUGACGCUGUCCAUUGCUGGAAUAUUCAAGGAGAUGUGCAUACUGGUCUUAGCGGUGAAGGUGAGCGGCGAUCAGCUCAGCCUCAUAAACGUGGUCGGUCUUGCGGUGUGUCUGCUCGGGAUCAUUGGCCACAUCGUCCAUAAGAUGUUGAUCAUUAAAGCCGUCGAGAGUGCCGUUGUUGUCGAAGUCGAUAACUUCGAGGCUGUCAAGAACAGGUCCCCGAAUAAAGACGAAACAGAUGAACCUCUACUGACGGAGAAGAGUUGGCUUAGCGAAGACAGCGACGUAGACGCUAACGUGGUGCUGUACGAAGUAUUGCAGAGACGCGACGGACAUUAACAUUUGAAUGCAUUGAAGCGACACAACAUCGAGGCAACUCUAUACUACACAACUAUACACACUAUAAAGAAUACCAGUCCGAUUGUGAAUAAGAAUCGCGAACACAUUAAUACCUCCUAUCGUGAAUAUUUUCAAGAAAAUUAAUAGCGAAUCGUUAGCACAAUACACACAGAUUCUAUUUAAUGUAUAAUUUUUACUUAUAUAAAACUCAAACGUACAUAAAUGUACACGUUUAUAUUUGAAAUACGAGUGCUGACGAUGUUGUGUAGUUUUAGUCGGAAAAUGUUUUAAAGCUAGCAACACCGGUAUUGUAACGUCUAUGGAACGCGCGACGGCUAUAGUCCGAAUCGGAUGAGCCGCUCGCCCGUAUGAGUACGUAAGCUAAGAACGCUGUAUACGAUGUUUUGUCUCAUUCACGCUUGCGGCAUUCGCACGCGGGUAACACGAAUAGAAAAUGCACCGUAGGAUAGCAUACUAAUGAUCUGUCAAAGCAGAUACAAAGAGACAAAACCUCACCAGUUGUUCAAUGUUUUCCAUUUAUAAAAUAUAAUCGUAUAUUCUAUAACGCAUAGUGAUAAAUAUAUUUUUAUAAUAUUAUUAAUAUUAAGCGUUCUAAUAAUCAAUUUUCAUAUUACGAAAGACUAGUCUACAUAUAGAGAAUUGUAUAAAUGACUGCUUUAGAACAGUUAAAAUUUUAUUUAUCUACUACAUAAAAUAUGUAUAUAAAAAGACGCGCGAUUUUUGUCAAACGUAGAUGCAAUCGGUAUAUUUAUAUCAUUUUAUUUUUAAAAGACUUUUAUUAUAUUUGUUGUUUUUGUUGUUUGGCGUUAUGCAAAUAUUGCAUUUUAUUAGAUUGUAAGUUGACUUAUAGUUUUGUUAUCGUUUAGUUUAUACCUGUUACUAAUAACAUUCCAAAUGAAAUGAGUAUAAAAAUAAUAAUAAUUAAAACCAUUGUAGUUUACAAAUCUGAAAAUGGUCGUUUUCGAUAAUAGCAACACCAUGAUCCAUACAUAAUUCCAUGAUGUAAUGUACAGUAACAACAUAAAACCAUAUUUUUUUUACCAAAAUGCAGUCUCUGGUGUAUCCACUUGACACAAGGGAUUUUAUGUUUGACUUUUGAAAGGUUUGAAUAGUCUUUAUUCCAAGGCAAUAGGGGCGUUCAUCUUACACCUCGAGGUGGGCGUGCCCUGUGUAGGAAACCGUUUUUUUUUUUUGGAGCUUACGUUGUGUACUGUAACUGGCAGCUCGGUGAUACCAGCUCUCAGCACGUCUGAUGUCCAGUUAUUUUUUUCCAUUUUUUUUCUAGUAGCCUAAGGGGCUAUACCAGCUACGCCCGGACGGGUUGGUGAGCUCAUGGGCUCAACCUGAGA